AUGAGUGAAUUUGAUGCAUUUGUGGAAGCGGCUGAUAAGGAUUUGAAAAUGGACACAAGCACAAGGUCCAGUAAAGGAUGUUUAACACCACCAAUUAUUCAAUCACCACGUACACCUAACAAUGGCACCUUUUCGAAUUCUGAAGGGAUAAAGAUUUAUCAUCAACAUAGACAGAUAACUCCCAAAAAGUUGAGCGAUCAAGAUCAUCCUUUAAAAGAGGGAGAUGGUAUAGAAUCACAAUUACGAUGGAGAUCCGCUUCCAAGUUAAGUAAUAGAAAAUCAUUAAUCCAACCAAUUGUUGCUCCGAAGUCACCAGAAGAUUCCAUCAGGCAGCGCAAAAGCUUGACCCCAGGCAACGGGCCCCCAGCAGUGAUCAAAGUUGAUAGAAAUGGGGAGCCUUUAGUAGACCAUUCCUCGCCAAAAUCACUUUCUCUUCCAGUCAUUGCUACAUCUAGCGACAUAAGUUUAAUUUUACAAAAAAUGGCCAACAAGGAAUUAGAACUUUUAGAGGGUAAACAUAGAAUAGAAGAACUAAGGAAAAAGCUUGAAACAGAAGAGCAGUCUUAUAAGGAGCGUGUUAAUGAAUUAGAGCAAAUGAAAGAAUUUGUAGGGAAUCAAUUUCAACAAAAAACAGAAAAACAAUGUGAUAAUGCUCAUUCGAUUAAAUCAACUCAAAAUUCCUCUCUCGAAAGCAGCACAAACAGUGUGAAUAGUGAGUCGAUGAAGAGAAGCAAGCUAGAACACGAUAACCAGGUGCAGUCACAGUCAGUGUGGAGCAAGCCACUUGCAAUUUUUAACCAGUUUGAUCAAAUUAUUCAGCAGGAACUGGAGAAGACGUUGAACUGGGACGAGCCUUCCGAUCAUGGAGAUGGUAAAGACGAUACUAGGGGAACUCAUAAUUUGCAGGCAACAAAGCUGUCGAAUGAUGUACGACAAGCUAAAUCCGAAGACCAAAGUGUAACGCGAUCCAUAUGGAAUUUUGUUCAUGACAUGAAAGCAGGACUCUUGGGUGGAGAACAGGCAAAUGAGUCAAGACUAGAUGAGAGUCGGAAUGUAGCUUCAGAUGAAUUUGAAAAUCUUAUUGAUAUUGAUUCAAGAGAUUCUGAAACAAUGGUGCAAUUCAAAAGUGCAAGCAACCAAAAAGGUGGAAAUGAGAACAAAUGGAAUAGUAAUAAUAACAAGCUAAGAUUCGUUGGCGACAAUGAUAAUCUGAUCACUAAUAAAGAUGCGUCGUACCGUCAGGAAGUUGAGAUGACUGACCUCUAA